AUGUCGUCCGCUGUCACCGAGACGGAGGAGUCAGCGCGCAGCUCCCCGCUGACGCCGCUGAAGCUGGUCGGACUGGUGUGCGUGUUCCUGGCUCUCUGCCUGGAUGUUGGAGCCGUGAUGAGCCCGGCGUGGGUGACUGCUGACGACCAGUACUACCUGUCCCUGUGGGAGUCCUGCUGGAAACCCGCGAGCACCGAGGACUGGCAGUGCAACAGCACGCUGGGCGCAGGUAAAGUCUCAGCUCAUGGGUUCAUAUAUCGUGUUCUCUGCGUGUCCCGUGUACACUUGACCAGCAUAGAGGGCUGUUACCAUGUGUCUUCUGGUGAACAAAGAGUUGUUGUGAAUGACAGCACCUACUCCAUCAUCAGCGGUGAGGAUGGAGGGAUGCUUCCUCUCCUCUAAUGCACACAUUUUAGUUUACAAAUGUGUGCAGGAUUGUGUGUUGACUCCAGGAGCUGCAGAAAGGUUGCUGCUGAUCAGUGUGGUGACUCCCUGCUGCUUCUAUCCAAGCAUAACAAAGCCUCAUCUUGACAGGCAGUGACACCACAGGGAUCUCCACAUUAAUGACUCUGAAUAUGAAAUGAAGGUUUUCUGAGACUUCAAAUACACCCACAAUCAUUUUAUUCUCUGUGCGGUAGCUGUUUGUCGCAUCUUCAUCUUUCCCCCAAUGCCAACCUUUCCCAAUCUGCACUUUAACCCACCCAAAAGUCUCUGCAGGUCCUUCAGGGUGGAUGUGUUUGGAUGAGGAACAAGGGUGGAUGAAGAGGGAGGAUGGACACACUUAUGAAUUAGUUUGUUUAAGAUGAGACGAAGCGCUAUUUUCAGACUUGAAUGUGGUUGAUGGUCUUUUCUUGAGUUUCGAGUCAGUUUCGAGUCAGCUUUUACUCUUGGGAACAGUUUCCUGUCGUGUCAAUUUCUCUCUCAAUUUCUAGGAUCCAAAUGCAGACGGAGGAUAUGUUUCCAUCCUUCUUCAAAUCUCUCUUCCUUUGUAGUCUGUCAUAGUGUUUCAUUCAUUCAUUUUUUAAAGGUUGGGCCCCAGACAUGCACUGUUCUUGUUUUGGCUUUAGAGCCCAGGAAUAUAUAUUUGCAGAUCUGCCACCACAUCCAAUGUCAAGUAGAUGCAACAAUCAGUUUUAUUGUCUGUCUGUUACAAUGAGUCGUGCACGCAAAGAGAGAAAGAUGAUCUAAAUGCAGAUGGUUGACUUGUUAAAGGCACGUUUCACUGACUCUUAAGAUAAUUGAUUCGAAGAAGCAGUGCUGAAAAACUGCCAUGACCGUCAUUGUCAAGUGCAUCAUCCCAUUUAUCUCAAUAUCUGCGUUUCUUUCCGCCCGUUGCAGCGUGUCGUAUCGGCGAGAAGGUGGAACCCAAAUGCAAAUAGAUAAAUGUUGAAGAUUUAAAGGAAUGACUCUGCAAAACUGUUCCCCUGUUCUCCACUGACACCUACUUACUUGAACUCGAUCUGUUUGGGAUAUCAUGGCAGGCGGGAUGUCAGGACCCAAAUCCAGACGAUGACAGGCAGGCGGACACUUUUGUGAGGAUUUGCAAGCUUACAUGCAGGUACACCAGGAUUAAGAAACUGUGCGAGGAAAGCUGGUCCAGGAAGAGCUGCGAAUCCACCAUAAUGGUCGCCGUGAAGUGCGUUAGGUCUCCCGUGGGUGUUGCCCACUCACCUGCUCUUAAUUAAUUCAUGUCAGCGCAGAUACACAAUUCAACAAAGCUCCUUUUUAUCUAUUUGUCAGUCUUGGCGGGGCGUCAGUGUUUGUGUGUGUUUGUAGCAGUGUGUAUAAAACUGAAUUAGAGUGUGUGUGUGUGUUUGGCAGAAGAAGAACCUGAGUUUCUGUGUGCGAGUGCAGGACUUUGUGUGUGAGUAUUUGUGCCAAUAAGAGGCUACCGCGUCGAGCUGACCUAUUUCUGGACAGUCUCCUCUGAAGCCAGGCUGAAUAUUUUAUGUCACACUCUGAUUUCUCUGUUGUUACAUCUCUGCACCUCCUCUCUUAGGACCUGCACACACACCCUUACACACUUUACGACCACAGCUUUCAGCCUUUCCUCCUCAAACACACACCCAGACUCCAGACCAGGACUCUCUAAUUAGAUGUCUCGGCCGUCUGCAGGUGUGUUUCUGAACUUAGGUGUGUUUUGUGCGAAGCGUACCAGCACACAUACACCCCUGAUCCAAAAAAAUAAAUCAGAUCCUGUCCGUGCCAGCUCCCUUGGCUUGUUCCAGCAGCGGCGGCGACGGACCAAAGCAGCAGUUCCUGUUAAUUAAUGUCGCUCAUUUCAUUCAUUGUGAUCGUUUUCUUUUUUUAAUCAUGUGGAACUGAAAUGAUCGCAGGGGGGUAAUUGUCUUUUCACCUUUCCUGCGUUGGAAAGCAGAAGCGGCACAGCAGCCACAUUGAAGUUGGCACCAGCCUCCUGGCACUUGGGUUUUUGGAUGUUUGGAGCAAGUGUAGAGUUCAAACGGACAGAAAGGGGAAAUCCAGACCGCAGAUUAAAGCGUUGAUUCUUAGACAGGCAGGUUUACAUGGACAGAAAGGGCUUGUAGAUAAAAAAGUGACUUUUAAAGCUCCCGUCAGGAACUUUUUAACUCAUUCAGUGCGAGAAUCACUGCAGUUUUCACCCAGUGCCAUCAUUGACCGCAGUAGAAAUUUCCAUAACUUUCAGGAUAUCUCAAAAGAAAGGGUUGAUUCUCUUCUUUUACCAGAAAAAAGUGAGUCUCUAAUCCACUCCUGUGUUUAGUUAUUGCCUGCUAUGGAAAAUGAAACCCUGGAAAAACACAUUUUUACGAAGGAGAGACCUUAAAGCAGAACUCUGAUCGUCUAUUUCAUUUCGCUUCAAACUACUUUACCGGUGGCAUCAAGGUCCUCCCUCCUCGGACACCACUCAGAUCUGAUCGUGAUAGGUCUCUUCAUGACAGCUGAGAGUCGUCGCAACAUAAAACUACAACACCCCAGAAAACUGUUUCUUUGAUUGUCUGCAGACGAUGUGAAGGUCCGGUACCAGGAUCUCCACUAGAUCCAGAGACGGUAUCACUGCGCCCACGGGAGCCGAUGCACCGUGACCGAUAGCUCUUGGCUAAUGACUUCGGCAUUUUCCUCUUCUCCUCAUAGACAGAAAGCACUCCACAACUAGGCUAAUUGGCACACUUGGUGGCGCACUUCUCACUGGCGAGUACUUCUUUACCUCCACCAAGGAGGUUAUGUUUUUGGUAGCGUUGGUUUGUUUGUUUGUUUGUUUGUUUGUUAGCAACUUUACGAGUUGUGGUGGCAGAGUGGUGUAGAUGGGCCGCACAGUGGUGUAGUGGUUAGCACUGUCGCCUCACAACCAGAAGGUCCUGGGUUUGAAUCCCGGUCAGGGCAUUUCUUGUUUAAGGGGGGACAUGAGCUGCUUGGCGGAGGUCUGCGCUCUCCGAGUGCCACCUAUCUACACCACUCUGCCACCACAACUCGUAAAGUUGCUAACAAACAAACAAACAAACCAACGCUACUGAAAACAUAACCUCCUUGGCGGAGGUAACAAGCAAAGACACAAAAUCAAGUUAAAAACAGUGUUAAUUUAUGAGUGCUGCAAGUUAAAUUGUGCUAUAUAUAUUUACCCCGCCUCUUUAUACUGCAGUGUCUAAACAAAAUGAGGCGGUAAUACCUACUCUUACCUUUUCUGCACCUCUUCUGUGACCAUUUCUUUUUAUUGUUUUGUCAUUUUGAAUUCAGGGAAUCAUAUAAACUGAGUUGUAUGGAGGAAAACUGUUUGGAUUUAAGAUAUCAGACCAGGUUCGAGCCCUUUAAAAACACUGGAUGAGCAUCAAAGAGUUAAAACAAACAAGACAGCAUCAACCAGCUCAUCUCUCUGUCUUUAAAACCUCCUUUGCCUCCUCCAACAACAAGCAAACUGCUUAAAUGUAUGCACAGACAGAUCAUGUAAUACCCCGAGCAGAGUUUGCAAUCUGUAGUUGAAAACAUGCAGCGCAUAGCUUCUCAGUAAUUAGACCGAGACAGGAAAACAAAGACAUAAGGGAAAGCUCAGACCGAGCAGAAACAGCUGUAAUAACUGGAAUAUGACUGUCCUUGUUUGCUGGUAUAGGUGCUAUUGCAGGGUUAUACCUUUUAAAACUGCGUGAAGCCUUUUGUACGAGAGUGCAGUUUCACAGCAGCGAUCUUACAAAGCGGGACACAGCAACAUGGGAUCUAUUAGGAGGAAUUUAUGAUAGUUUUGACAGGAAAGAAGACGUCAGGAAACAAGGAAGGAGAUGGUGCAACAAAACGUCCACGUCUUUAGACAACCUGAGACGUUUUAAUGAUUAUGUAGGUGAUCUUUGUGAGAGUUAAAUCAAAUCUAAUCUUGUUAAACGCAGACUUUGGCUGACACCGGGCGCCCAUGCUUGGCUGCUUUGCAGGACUUCCUGUGUUAUUGUGUGCCAAGUCUGAUUUUUUUUAGCUUUUUUGGAAAAUCCCCAUGAGUUUUGUGGUCAAAAUUAUAAUUUGGAUGUUGGCGUCAGCGCCGUUCUGCAAGAUAGAUAGACCCUGAUAUGAAAUUCACACAGUAGUGACUCAAGACCAUCGGGGCAGCCCAGAUUGGAAAUCCUGUCAUGUCAGGGGAUGAAUGUGGAGAUUUUCAGACCAUCACUUCUGUUCUGUGAAGGCAAAGCAAGAAACCCUGAUAGAACCGAUACUUACGACUCUUUAUAGUCACAAUAGAUCAAAUAUUAUUCACUAGGACUGGGUGAUUAUAUGAUCGUGAUCAGCUGAGAGCAUAUUUACUCGAUCAAACAUGGCGGAAAUGUGCGUGACAACAGCCAAUCAGAGUCGAGCUUUUCCUGCUCACUUCUUUAAGUUGAUGGAGAAGUAAACAGGAAGUAAACACAACGACCGAACGUGGAGCUAAACGUCACGACUUUGAGUCAUCCUCUGAAGAUGUUAUUGUUGAGAAGUUAUUGAUCGGCGGUUGUGUGGCGGUGGUCUUCAUUAUCCCUGAGGGAGAAAUCUGUUUAUUUUAGGUCUAUCAUGCCUGCAGAAACACUAUAUUUGUUGUUUUGUUCAGUUUAAAUGUUUUUAUAUUUUUCUAAGUUUAUCUUAUUUUAUUAUUUAUUUACUUUGUAUGUUAAUAAAAUGUUGAAUUAAUCUCUAGUUUCUUUAGUUUUUAGUACAGAGGCUUUAAAACGAGCAGUUUAAAAAAAUCGUGAUAAUAAUUUAGAUCGGACGAUACGACAAAAUAUAUCGUGAUCUUUUUUUUUUUGCCAUAUCGCCCAGUCCUGUUAUACACACAGAUUGAACUUUUGAUACUAAUGACCCCAGGACGGAGUAAUAAUCCUCUGAGUAAACGAAGCAAAGCAAUACCGCCAAUAUAUAUAUAUAUAUAUAAUAUAUAUUUGAUCAUACAGAAAGUGUCACGCAUACAGCAAAUUAUAGAAAAUAGUUAUUUUUGAUUGCUCUUUGGGGCCCCCUAUUGGCCGUGGGGCCCUAAGCAGGCGCUUAGUUCUCUUACGCCUUGAUCGUCAGCUGUUCAUCAACUUAACUCUUGAGUCAAGCUGUGUGAUUUCUACAUUUUCGCUUCUUCACCUCAAAACCUUUUUCUCUCAGAGACAAUCUUCUCUCUCCCCUCCUCAUCACGUUACCAUAGUAACCGUGCCACCCAUAAGAACUAAGUUAUCAGCCUUUCAUCAAAACCUCGACUGUUUCACAAAAUACGGCUCAAAUUAAAAUUUCAAAAGCGUGUUGAGACUUUGAGAGAGUUAGGGUUAGAGUUACUCAACAGUUUAUCAUUAAUUCAUCAUCAUACCAUAAUAAAUUGGAAAUAAAUCCUAUUAAUGAUUGAUGACCGGUUGAUUUAAAGUCAAAGUCAGAUCUGGGGAUGUUUGCAAUGCGGAAAAAAACAAAGACUUCCUUCACCGUCUAACCCUGAGCUGUCAGACAGUCGGAAACAUGCAGCAGGGUUGCAGACACAUAAAGUACGAUAAGUGCCUUAAACCACAAAAUCCAUUCAAAUAAUAGCGACGAGUUCAGAGUGUGUGAGUCAAAGAAAAAGACACUUUUCCUUCUUUGGAAAGUUACUUUUAAACUCGAUGGUCCUCUAAGCUAAGCGAGUGUUUCAGUGCCAAAUCUCCGGCGCACACUGAGGCUCUUUGGCUAAGACGACCAAAACAAACAUUCAUGCAGCAGGAUGCCAAAACGAACCCACACUUUAACACACAGUUCUCCAAAUACUUCUCCACAGUCCAGGUGGUUAAGGAGUUUAAGCGAAAAAAGAAAACUUGAAUAGCUGACAAUCAAGAUCAGGUUAGCUCCGAGCAAAAAUCCUGGAAUUCACUUCAGUCUGUUUUUUUGACAAACAGGACAGGCUGAGAGAUGAAAAAGCUUGUAGUGGGCGUUCGGCCUUACAGGCAGACAUCAGGGGAACUUUCACCUGUCAGACACACACACACACGCACACAGACAGACACACACUCACACACACUCUGUUGAAAGGAGUCUUAAAAAGUGAUGCUUUGAAGCGUACCUGCUUUCCCUCUCUCUUUCUUCUCACUCUCUCCUCCUCGUUAUCUUCAUUCAUCCCUCCGGUCGUCUUCUCCAUCUUUCUCUUUCUCACUCACUCUCCUCCUUCUCCUCUUUUUCGCCGCCAAACCUCAUUUAUUUUGUUUUCUAAAUGUUUUUUUGCACUCUUAAAAAAAAAACACAGUUACUAUCUUUCAAUGAAACCGCAGGAAAAAUAGGCGUGCUGCGUCUGUCAUUCGCCUAACCUUGAGGGAAGAUUUCCCAUGGCUCUCUCUUGGAUUUGGUUACCACCUGAGAUACUAUUACUGUGUUUUUCUCUUUCCUCGCUCUAUUUGUGCGUGAGCUUUGCAGCUUUCUCGCCAAUUUUUGCAUGAGCCGAUGCCUCCUCAUUCAAGAAUAACCGCCCACAGAUUGUCUCUGUGAAAAGAUACGAUUAAGAAUAAAAUUUAGUGGAAAGUAAUGCAGGUUUUCUGGCCCGUUUUGACCCACAUUCACCAGGCUUUUAUUGUCGCGCCUUUCAGAUCAGUCACGAGUGAAACCUCUAUAAAAUGUUGCCUCCUCUCGCCCGGCCCGUCUCAUCUUUCUCUAUCAGCGUAUUGAUCCGUCUGUAGCUUUCACUCCCCAGGCCUUUUUCAUCUGUACGCUUAAAUGAAUUGUCUUUUUCUCUGUUUCCUAGCCUCCUUUCCUCUCUCUGUUUCCUCCCUCCUCAUUCCUCCCUGAGGGUUUCAUUGUUACAUUUCUAAUGUUCAUCAUUUUCCUUUUGUAAUUUCACACCCCUCCUUCUCCUCCUCCUUCUUCCCCUGUCUCCAUCUCUCCUUUCUAUUUUCUCCAGGGUCAAGUCUCUCCCCCUCUCCUCCUCCUCCUCCUCCUCCUCCCUCGUCUCCAUCUCUCCUCUCAGUGAGCUCAGCCCCCCUGAGAUGCCCGUUCUAUUUGUAGCGCCUGAACGAGGAAUGGGAAAUGAUGUGGCAUUCAGACAGACAGACAGACAGACAGACAGACAGACAGACAGACAGACAGACAGGGGAAUAGCCAGGGACCUGCAGCUCCCACUUGCCAUUCCCUAAACACUUUUUCUUCCUCACACACUGAUGGAAAGGCGGGUUGUUCAUGUGCCCAAACACACAUAAUCCUUUUUGGAUGCAAAUCAAACCGUCUUCAAAGCAUUUACAGUAUCCCAGCAGCGUAGAAAAGCCUCAAAAUAAACAACAUCUACUUCAUCUACAGCCUGAUAAGAAUUAAUUGUUUUACUGUAGUAAUCCCUCUGGUAUCCUGUUAAGUCCUCUGUUUAACGUUAAUUUGCGUUGUUUACAGCGAGGGCAUGUCCAAACUGGGGUUUCUUUCUUAACAAGAUUGAAGUGUGAAGACUUCCCGCCAGAUAUUGACACUGAAAAAUGUUCGUGUUUUAAAGUCCCACUCUGGUAGUUUUAGUUUUUUACUACUUAAAGUGUUCUCAGUGGUCUUUAAAUUGUGAUUAUGAAGUUUUUACCAAAAAUCAUGUUACCUGUGUCAUUUUCAAGGUCUUUUCUUCUGCAGAGCUUCAGUAGAUCAUUAGCAGUUCGCCUCUGAGUCGUGGGCGGAGACAGCGCUGCUCUGAACACUCGUCUUCUUCACGUUAGCUUGCAGCCUAACAUUGACAGUGUAGUAGAAGUGGCAGGUAACAUAAGAGCUAUUCAGCUCUCAGACACUUGUGUCGUUAGGGACAUGAUAGACGUCAUCGUUGUCGUCGUUUUCUUCUGCUUCAUCCGGGUCCGGGUCGUGGGAGGCAGCAGCUUCAGGACGGAAGCCCAGACGGCCCUCACCCCGGCCACUUCCGCCAGCUCCUCCGGGGGGAUUUCCAGGCGCUCCCAGGCCAGGCGAGAGAUAUAAUCCCUGGGCUGGCCACGAGGUCUCCUCCCGGUGGGACAUGUCUGGAACACCUCUAACAGGAGGCGUCCAGAAGGCGUCCUAACCAGAUGCCUGAGCCACCUCAGCUGACUCCUACUCUGAGCGCCUCCCGAGCGUCCGAGCUCCUUACCUUAUCUUUAAGGCUAACCCAUUUCAGCCGCUUGUAAUCCCGAUCUUGUUUUAUCGGUCAUUACCCCAAGUUAUGGCCAUAGGUUAGGAUCGGCACGGCACAGAUCGACCACUAAAUCGAGAGUCUCGCCUUAUGGCUCAGCUAAAAGUUAACAUCAUAAUUAGCUUUCUUACAAGCAUUGCAAUCCGCUAACGCACACCCGCUAACGCACACGUUUACUCUGCGAUCGUCUUCUCUAUUUCUCCUCUAUAUGCAGAGUGUGGCCUGCAUAGCGGGGCUCUUGGGGGCGGAGCUUGGAUUAGUUACGUAAGACAUCUCACUGUUUCUGAACUUGCUGUUUGGGUCUGCCAGAGAUUUACAGUGAUUUGAAUGAAGAAAUAUUCAGAAAAGCAAUUUUGCUUUGCUUGAUAUUCCCUGUAGCAUCGGAAAAAUGCCAUAUGAACAUAUAGAAAACAAGAAAAACAUGAUUUUCAUCAAAGUGGGUCUUUAAGGGAAUUUCGAAUAGGAUACAAACGACACAAUUUAAAAUAGUUUGGACAGGAGCAAAUAAACACUAAUAAAGUGACGUAAUGCUUUAAAAAAAACACCCAGAGGCACAAAUCACAGCUAAUGAGCUUCAUUUUCAACAGUUUAGUGACAUGACUGGGUAUAAGAAGGGAACUCCAGGGAGGGUGAAGUAAAGCUAAGAAGAGAUACCUGCUCUGUGAGGGACUGGAGGAGCAGUCAAGCGAUUCCAGGAUAACGUUCCCAAGUGUAAAAUUACAAAAAAAUUAAAGAGUUCAACAUCUACAGCGUGUUCAGAGGAUCUGGAGACAAAAAAUAAUCCUGGCUUUGAAUUUUGGGCCUUUAAGAGACGCUGCAUCCAAAACAGGUCAGACUCUGAAGUGGAGAUCGCUGCAUGGGAUUAAAUUCUCAUCUGACAUAGUUUACAUCUGCAUCUGUGAAUGAUCUUGAGCCUUUUUUUGAGAUGGUCUCAGGUGAAGAAAAAGGAAAUCAUGACUCCAUGAACGCUGAGCGACACAAACAAACAUGUGCUGCCAUCCAGAUAAAGAGAACCAGACUUCAUUCUGCUCGUAUUAAAACAAGACGGCUCUGUCGUAGAAGAGUCCUGGUGCUAAACUGGAACUUAAUAACUGAUGUCAGUCAUUCUCUAGUAACAGUGAUCAUUAAAACUUAUUAGUAACCGAUCAUUUUAUUCCAUCAGCAGCUCAGUUUCAUGAUCUAAUCCCACCUGACAGCUUGAAUCCGGUCAUGCUUGCUGCGUCAGUCUGGACCGGUCUCACAUCCGUGCUGUGAUGCUCCCAAGUCCUCAGUUUGCAAACAAAGGUAGAAUUUUUGGAAACUUUCCUGUCAGUUGCUAAACUUGAGAGAGAAAAGUGUGAAUCUCAGCAGUUCAGCGGCUCAUAAAAGUCAGCCAUGUUAAAUCCUGGUGUCAGCAUUUUAUGAAGGUAACUACACUUCCAGCUGUGUCUGAAUUAGGCGGGAUUCUUUGUGUCGUCCUCCGCAGACAAGAUGACGGGAGGGAAAAAAACAGCGGUGAAUAAAAAAAAAAAACAUGAGGAAACUUGACGUGAGUGAGCGCACGCAUCAGUGAUCCACAGGGAUUCUUGUGUUGUUUGUAUCCUGCGGCGGUGGUGAACCCUGAAAGCGCCCUGAAGCGUUUUGUUGGCAGCCAUCGUUACGCCUAUUCUACUCAUAAGCAUUAAAAAGGAUUCGAUGAAGCUGGCCCCCCACUCCACGCAAAACUUUGGGAAAAUAGUCGUUAAAAUUUUCGUUUGUGCUGCUAAGGUUUAGAGGUCAUCCAGAGGUCAUCCAGCCCCCCAUUUGCUCCAAAUGGACCCAAAAUGGUGCUGUUCGUUAGUGCUUCGUUUGUGCUCUUAAAACCAGUCUUACAAUAACUACAUGUCAACAUCACAAGAAGGGGGGAGAAUAAAUUAUAUUCUGUGUAAUAAAUUUCUAAAGUUUGUCCACAACUCCAUAGGGAUUGCUGGAGGAGGCGGGAUUUAUGACCUAUACUGCAGCCCGUCACUAGAGGGUGCUGUUCUCGGUGUGGCUUCACCCAGCAAGGAGGCAGACAGCGUCCAUUGUAUAUACAGUCUAUGGUUUUAAAGUUAUUACACAUUUUUAUUUUCGGCGAUGAAGUCAUCCAGCCCCCCAUUUGCUCCAAAUGGACCCAAAAUGGCAACGCACACCUGUCGAGAAGUAUAUGCACCUCACAUAUCUAACAAACGGCAGCAUUUCGGGUUUAUUCGGAACAAAUGGGUGACCUCUGGAUGACCUCUAAAACAAUAUUUAAUAACUUAAAAACCAGAGCAGCACAAACGAAAAUUUUAACGGCACAAACGAAGCAGACUAUUUUCCCGAAAUUUUGCGUGGGGUGGGGGGCCGGCAUUUAAAUUAAAUAAAUAUUUUUAAAAAAUUAAAAAUAUAUAAAUUCAGAUGUUUAAUUGUGUCAUGUUAUCAUUAGUUUCCUCUUUAUUCGCUGAUUGAAACGUUGAGACAAAAAUACUCCGAGUUUGAUUCUUGAUCCUGCAGGACUGACAGCUCGUGUCAAGGAUCCAGAAAUCCGGAGCAACACAGCCGCUAAUCAGCGUGACAGCUCGGAUUGGCUUUACGGUAAAGAAAAAAAUGACUGUGACAGUUCAGUGCGGUAAUCCUGUCACAUGGAAAACACUCGCAUUAAAGUCAGAGAGGUUUCUCAUGGCGGGGCACAACGAGCAUCUGUGUGUGAGGGACCAGAGCGUGUGUGUGCGAGGGAUGAUUUAUACGGCGCAUAUGGAAAGUUAUGCAGUUUCUUAUAGGAGUUACCAUGUCUGUGGAGGAAUUUGAAAAAUUUAAACCCGCCAUAAAGCGAGAGAGAGAGAGAGCGGACUUUGCAUGCUUUUGAAAGAUAAAACACUUUUCAUGUGGGCGCGAGAUCUCUGCGACAGUUUCAGCCACAAUGAAACGGAGAGGUUUCAUUCACUGGAGAUAAACGCAGGAUUUAUCCCAGCGUAUGCAUCUGAAAUACAACAUAAAGUGACUUAAAAGCUUUUGCAUUAGCCUGGUGAAAAGGAGGAGACUCAUUAGCAUCCCCGUUAGAUUCAGUCUCUUCAUCAUUUCAUUUAGCGGAGCGGUUACAGAUCAAUUAGGUCAAAUCAAGUGAUAUUUACGACACCAGUUCAUGCUCGGUUUCUAUUAUCUGCUGUCAUCUGGUUAGAAUGUAAUCGCAGACUCCCUCUGUUGGAUAAAAAGGACUGAACAAACAAAAAUCUGCGAACAGCUGAAACUGUGGUUGAAGCGAUUAGGAACAGGCUUGCACAUAUGAAGUCGUAUUUGCUCUUUUAAAGGUGGGGUUGGCAGGAUCUGAGGAAGUGCCAGUUUUAGGGAGAAAUCUUGAAUGUAAACUCUACCCCUCCCAACCAGCUCCUCCUCUCCCUUCCCUCUCAAACAGACGCUCCUGCUCGCUCGUAUCGUUCCAAUUAAAUUCAGAUAUAAUGCAGAUAAAUACUUCAAAUGAUUACAAAUGGGGCCCAGUCAAGGUGAAAGUCAAAAGCAUUGGUGCUACUGUAGAUGCCAAUAGACUACCAGCAAACACAAUGUUUGCAGGACUUCUACAACUAGGAUAAAGUGACAUAGUCCAGGACCCGAGGGAGGACAGUUUAGCGAUGGCGCUACAACACGCUACAGCAGGUCCGUUUGACAAGAAACACUUCUGUUACAGACACUUGUCUUACUUUGUUAAAGCGGUUUACCUGUACCCCAUCAUUGUUGACCCGGCUUUUUAGCUCUUGUCCGGUCUACCUCCGUUUUAAGCGCCGUUAUUCCCCCAGAGUCUCCGGUAUUUACUUUGUUUUCUUACUUGUGUCGGCAGUCGUGGCCAAAGGAGGAUUCAGACAAUUUUCCGAACUUUCUGGUUGGUUUCUACAGUCCGAUAUUGUCGCACGCUAACUUUGUUUGGGCUCCUGAACGACACGGGGGAGCAGCGUCUGCCUCACAACCAACCAAACCAAAUUUUAAAAUGUUGACUACACAGAUAUAACAAAACGCAGCGAUAUCAUUAUAUUACCAAAUGUCAUCAAUGACUAAUAACUAUUGACUGAUAUUAAAAGCUUUUUUAAAGAUGCGUCUUUAAUAGAUUCCUGCCUACCCCACCUUUAAAUGGUAAAAUAAAGGAGUAAACCAUAUUUUGUAUCUCAGAGCGCCUCUGUUUAGCUGUUAAAGAUGAAAAAAGUUUCUUUCUUUUUCCAGACUCUGUUUUGAUUGGUUGGGUCGGCUCACACAGACUAAACCCCGUGCCUCGUGCUCGGAGGAGGUUAAAAAUGAAUGAAUGAUAAACCACCUGAGUCCCCCGAGAGCCCCGUCUCACCCUCACCCUCGCCCCCACCUCUUCCUCUCUCAUCCCUCAAUCCCCGCUCUUGUGUACCUCGUUACGUCAUUUCCACAGGGCGACUUUUCGGGCUCCUCUCAAGGGGGCGAAAGAACCGCUUUAGUGUUGUUGGUUUUGCUGAGCUGACUCCAGAUUUUUAGCCUGGAGUGUUUCCUCUCAAAUGUGAAGUAAACAGAUGCAAACAUGUGCAGAAAACACCCACACGGUCAGAAACCUUCAGGUUGGAGAACCUCGUUGCACCAUCUCUAUAUCUUUCCUCUUUGCUCUCUUCAUCUUUAAUUUCCUUCCUCCACCCCUUCAUCCCAUCCUUCUGCCUCUAAAUCUCUCAUCUUCCCUAUCUCCCCCUUAAACCAUCCAUCUUUUAUAAGGUUUUCUCCCACAUUAGAGCAGUAAAUUUAGCCAUUUGGCCUACAUUUACACGGCUCCAACAGAUGUAAAAUGAAAAUAAAUUCACAUAAAUGUCCCCGCAGCUUUGAAUCUGAACUGACAAGCACAUCUCUGCACAUCAUCCUGUUUAGUGACGCUUCAUCCCCAGCUCAAACUUUGAUGUUUGCCUCUUUGGAGCUACAGCACGUCCUCAUGUCGAAGACAUUAUCUUCCUUUUGUAAUACAGCGCUUCUUCGUUUAGCUGCGCUGAACAGGAAAGAGGUUUUACAGCAGCUUACAUGAACCCGGACAAUCUGACGGCAUCACAUCUGAUCAGAGUGCGAGCGCAGACAGGUGGAAGAAAAGGUUAGAGAAAUGGUCGAAUCUCUUCUCUCCCUCCGAGCGAAGACAGAUUACAUGACAAGGUGAUAUGUGUGCGCCGUCAUGCAGACGUAUAGAAGAGAAGCAUUUCACAGUCUCAUUCCAGCUGAGGUUUCUCACACGGCGUUAAAUCCACGCUCAUUUGCACCUCCAUCAUCAAACCAACUCUACGCCGCUGACCUUUAAGGAAACAUUGAGUGCCAGAGACGCUGAUAAGCUGGGUAAUGAUGAAGCUUAUUAGCUGCAGUUUUGUUUAAGGAGGAACUGUUGAGGCCACAAGUUGCAACUGCAGAGUGAAUCCACGCUGCAAAAUAUGAGACGCAGUGAGUUAAUUGCACAGAUGAAGCUGUUUUAGGGGUUUUAUUCGUCAGGGAGGUGGAAGUAAAAGGAGCAGGGAGCAGAGGGAGGCGUGCACUGAAGUCAUGUUUUGAUAUCUGAGAGUCUGCAGACUUGUUGGUUUGUAACUCUACAAUGAUUGAAAUCCCAGGAGCGGGAUAAGGUCCGCACUGAGGGAUUUGGAGACCAAGAUCCAAGAGUGAAAGCACGAGUCGUGUGAGAAUUAUGUGCACACAAAAGCUGCAGAAGCAUCCCUCUUUUUUUUUUUGUUUAUCCUCUUUUGUUUUCUCUCCAGUAAAAUUGUCGACAUAUGUCUUUUUAUAUCGACUAUGUGCGCAAUCAGCUGCUUUUAGAAGCCGCCCCAGCGUCUAUCUGACAACACGUUAAGUGAGGAAGCAAAAGUACUGACAAAUCUGGACUUUGACGUAACGUGGGGUACCAGUUAAAGUGUGUGUGGAUGUGUGUGGAUGUGUGUGGAUGCUAUUUCAGAGUGCAUCAGACCCCGGUGCUCCCUCUCUGUGAAUGCAGACAGAUUUUUGAUAAGAUGCCAGCAAAGCUUUUUAGCCGAGGCUUUUUGUCAGCUCAGGUAUAGUAAGUGCUCUCUCUCUUCAUUACUUUCACUCAGCACUGCGCCGUCACCAGCUCCAUCACGCCCUCCUCACCUCCCUCCCUCCCUCCCUCCUCUCUCUCACUCUCUCUAACUUCCCCACUCUCCACCUCUUCUUGACAUUUCUUUCUCAUGCCGCCCUCUCUCUGUCCUUGUAACAUUAUGUCUCCAUUUGCAUGUUUCGAAUCUUUUAUCGUGCAUCAGCCUCGUCACCGCUUAUCCACACUUUAGUUUGUCUCUCCAUUUUUCCUUUGUUCCUCGAGUCCUUUCUUUUUUAUGGUUCUUACUCAUUCAAGCUUCCUCCUCUCUUUUGUUUCUCUUCUUUCUCCCUUUAACUGUUUAUUUCUUUCAAUCAAUUCUCUUUGUUUCUUUGAACCACGAUUAUUCUCUCUCUUCCUUUACUUGAGUUUGAUGACUUUUACGCUUGUAUCAUCCUUCUAGUGUACUUAACAACCCCUUUAUUUCCUACCCUUGUUUCCUCUCUCCUAAUUUUCUUGACUUACACUGUUUUCAUUUAAACAUCCUCUUCUUUAUUUGUUCCUCUUCUUUUCCUUCCCCCUUUUCUCUUUUCUUUUCCUUCCCUUUCCCUUUUCUCACCUCUCCUUCCCUUCAUCCCCCUUCCUUUCCUUUCCCCUUCUUCCCUCUCCUUUCAUUUUCCCUUCCUCUCCCUUUCUUUCCUUCCUUUUUCUUUUUUUACCUCUCCUCUCCUCUCUACUUCUCUCUUUCCAUUCUGUCUUCUCCUUCCCUCCCUCUACUUUCCUUUCCUUUUUUCUUUCCUUUUCUUUCCUUCCCUUUUCUACCCCCUCUCCUUUCCUUUGCUCCUUCCCUUUCCCUCUCCUCCCCUACUUUUCAUCCCUUUUCCUUUUUUCCUCUCCUCUCCUCUUCUCUCCUUCCCACCUCUCCUCUGCUUUCCUCCCCUACUUUCCCUCCUUCCCUAUUCUUUUUUUCCUUCUCUCCUCUCCUUCCUUUCCUUUUCUUUCUCCCUCUCCUUCCCUUCCUUCCUUUCCUUCCCUUUUCUUUUUUCCUCUCCUAUCCAACUACUUACUUUUCCUUUCUUUCUUUCCUUUCCCUUUUCCCUCUCCUCCCCUUUACCUCCUUUCCCUUCCUUUCCUUUCUUUCCCCUCUUUUUCCUCCCCUCUUUUCCUUCCCUUUUCUUUUUUCCCCUUCUCUCCUUUCCUCCCCUUCCCUACUUUUCUUUCCUUUCUUUCUUUUCUUCCCUCUCCUUCCUCCCUAUAUUUCCUUUUUUCUUCUCCUCUCCUCUCCAACUACUUACUUUUCCUUUCUUUCUUUCCUUUCCUUUUCCCCCUCUCCUUCCCUCCCCUCUCUCCCUUCCCUUUACUUUUUUCCUCUUCUCCUCUCCUCUCCUCCUCUUCCCUCCCUCUAUCCUCCCCUUGUCAUUUCCUUCCUCCUGCCCUCACCUCCCUCCUCACUCUCCUCCUAAUCAGCAUACUUGUGGAAGAAAAUAAAAUGUCAAAUAAAAUAAUACGUCUCCGGUGGCUCUGUCUCUCCCCUCAGGCUGGCCUCAGCUUUUCAUUCCAGCUCUUACCGGCGUUCGCUGAUUUGCAUUUAUUCAUGAAUACUCUCAAUGUUUCUAUGCAACAUGUUUCACAAACACUUCUCUGUCAAUCUCCCUCAAUUAUUUCCUCCUCCUUCUUCCUUUUCUCUAAUUUCUCCUCUCAUUCUUCCCCACUCCCCUUACUCCUUGUUCUUCUCUCCAGACUGGCAGGUUGCUACCCUAGCCCUGUUGCUAGGGGGUGGAGCCCUGGUGCUGAUGUCAUUCCUGGUCGCCCUGGUUGCUGUGUGCAUUGGCACGAGACGGCGAUUCUACGCACCCGUCGCCUUUAUGCUUUUUGCUGCAGGUCAGCACACACACACACACACACAUGCACACACACAGACACAAUGGAGCACAGACCACACACAAUUAGAUCAGCGCAGGGUCGGAGGCCACACACUCAUUAUGUGCUAAAGUACACACACCUGGUGACACACACACACACUUAAUUAGCCAAUUUAGACAAGGUAGCUGGAAGGUUGUGGGGUAAUCACAUUGAAAACUGACAUGCAUUUAAAUGAUAAUCCGUACUUACUCAUUUAAUGCACACACACACAUGCAUAGUUGCACAGACACGCACACACUUCUCCUCCCUCCCUCGAACCCAUUUAGAGAAAAUCUUAUUUUUAUGAGUCGGGCCCAGCAGGGUCGGAGCAGAGCGUCACGCCUGUCUGUUUAAUUUCCCCAGCCAGCCCCAAUCUCCAAUUGGACGACUGUCAAGUUUGUGCACGUUGUCCCCGUCCUCACCUCCAAAAAUAAUUACUCAAAUUCACUUUUCUGAGCGUGAAGUGCUUCAUUUUGCAAAGCCGGAUGUGUCGCCUGUCGGAUGCUUUUUGUGGGAAGUACAGUAGCGCGUGAUUCAGCACUAAAGAGGGAAUCUUCUUAACUUUAAGGGGAUGGUGCGAAGAUCUGCAGAGGCUAAGUGGAGCGGGAGUCUACUUCUACGGCAUGUGUGGGCAGUGCAAAUGCAGAAGAUUGAACUUUGAUAUCCAUAUUAUAUUUGGCUGACAUUUGACUGCUCAUUUGAAUACAGUCACUUUGUAUGCUGUAAUGACUGAAAGGCAGUUUUCUGUCCAGAGCCUCGGCAAAGCAAACACAGUCUGACAUUUCCAGCUUGAAUAAAUAAGAAGGUACAAAGUUAGAGGAGCGGCUGCUCCGGGAAACUUUCGUUUUAACCUUUCUUGGGAUUUUCUACAUCUGGAGCGAGAUUUCCCAACCCUGGAGAUGCAUUAAAUUUAAAUGAAACACAAUUAUUACUGAAAUAAAAACACCACGCAUACACAAUGCAAACCAGCUGCACUCUGUGUUUCCAUGUCCUCUCAUAUAGUAGAUCUCCCACAGUCCCUAAAUGCAACACCAUGCCCAGCUGCAAACAACAUUUGCACACGCUAAUUUCAAAGUGUGGUUGGAGACUUUUCUGUACAAUUUAGAGCUCUUGUUUGCAUAAAAUCAAAGCACCACUUGCCACUGGAUGUUACAUCAGAGACGAGUUGUGCUCUGUCUGCAAAGUGUGCAAGCCCAGCUGUCCCUUUAGAUAUAGUGCAUUGAGAGAGACCAUGUCACUGUUUCCUGCAGGCAGUGCUGCAGGUGCCCAUAAUGACUACUUAGCUCACUUGGCUCUAGAUAUGCAGAGAGAAGAAUGAGACCCACACCUUUGUUUACUAUCCUGAUCGUUCUGCUGCAAUGUGGUCUAAACAAACGAAUGAUUACCUGCAACAAAAAACAUUACAGGACUGAAAAAGUUGUGAUGUUUGUCGGUUUAAAGUAGGGGUGGGAGAGGAAAUCGAUACAGCAUAGUAUUGGGAUAUUAUAUCGUAUCGUCAUUUACGAAGUAUUAAUUUUUUCAAAUGAAUUGCUAAUAUAAAGUUAAAUCUAUGAUAAUCAACUGUUUGUCCGGUGAGGUUGGCAGAGGUGACAUCAUAGAGCAGGAGAAAUUUAGUACAACAAAUAUAUAAAAAGAUGCAAGAUGUGUAACAUGAAAAUCAAAUACAGCGUGAAUAAGACAAACAUAAAGGAAAACCGAAUGCUGAAUUAGCUAAACAGUUAAAAAUUAUUGCAUAAAUUGCAAUAUAUUGUACUGCAUUACUCACUGUAUGGCAAAAUGUUAAUAAUCGCAAAAAUAUCGUAUCGUGGCCCGAGUGUCGUGAUAAAAUCGUAUCGUGGAGCAACUAUUGAUUCCCACCCCUAGUUUGAAGGCGUCCAGUUUGAUCACUAAAAAUCUCAGUUUUUACUAUGAGGUUUGGCAGGUGGCUGGAAAAACUACAGUCAAAAAGGAUACGUUUAAAUCGCAAUAUAUUGUAUUGCAAUACUCACUGUAUUGCAAUAAUGAUAAAAAUCGCAAUAAUACCGUAUCGUGGCCCAAGUUUCACAAUAAUUGUAUCGUGGCCCAAGUAUCGUGAUAAUAUUGUAUCGUGGCCCAAGUAUCGUGAUAAUAUCGUAUCAUGGCUUAAGUAUCGUGAUAAUAUCGUAUUGUGGCCCAAGUAUCAUAUAAUAUCGUAUUGUGGCCCGAGUAUCAUGAUAAUAUCGUAUCAGGGCCCAAGUAUCGUGAUAACAUCGUAUUGUGGCUGGAGUAUCAUAUAAUAUCGUAUCGUGAUCCAAGUAUCGUGAUAAUAUUGUAUUGUGACCCAAUUUUCAUGAUAAUAUUGUAUCUCGGCCCCAGUAUCAUGAUAACAUCGUAUUGUGGCCGAAGUAUCAUGAUAGUAUUGUAUCGUGGCCCAAGUUUCGUGAUAAUAUUGUAUCGUAGCCCGAGUAUCAUGAUAAUAUCGUAUUGUGGUCCAAGUAUCGUGAUAAUAUUGUAUUGUGGUCCAAAUAUCGUGAUAUCGUUUCAUGGAGCCACUCCUGAUUCCCACCCCUAGUUUGAAGGCGUCCAGUUUGAUCUCUAAAAAUCUUUGUUUUUCACUAUGAGGUUUGGCAGGUAGCUGGAAAAACAACCGUCACGUGGGAACAAAGCACUUUGCUGUAAAAGCAAAUGAGUUUGUCCAUCUCAAAAAGAUCAACUCACCAAGAAGCAGUUGUUGAACCAUGAAGUAUCAAAUAAACUCUUUUAUUCUGUUUGUAUCGUACACCAAAAUGUUGGUGCCCUAGAACAUGACCUGAACAAGUGGUAAUGAUCUGCUGGAGGAGACUGAGUGUUGGGACUUUUGAAAUAAAUCCAGUGAGACUCCUCAACCAAAAAUACUCUAUGAGAUUGAGUUUGAUAUCUCCCACUGGAUCUCACAAUGAUUUCAUAGUAAUAAUACGAUUGGAGAAACCAAUAAAAAACACAGAUAAGAAUAAAAUAUUAAAACACUCGCAGUGACUCUAAAGUGAGGAUAAGCCUCAGAGGAUAAGCCUCUGAGAAGAUAUGAAUAAUCUUGUUUUUCUUGUGAAAUUUCUCUCGCAAAAAAACGGGAUCUGGAGCAAUUUGUUCAAAGUAAAUGUUGUUCGACAUUUUCAGCACCACUGAUCAGGGGGAAAAAAAAGUUCUCAUGCUGAUUCAACUCUGAACUUUUAAACUUUAGUUUGGCGUUCACUCAGUUAUAAUUAAGUUUAUGUUUGUGUUCGUGGAAACAGAGACCACUUAACGUCAGAUGAAACUCUCGCUGUCAGAUUGUUCUUAUCUCGCUUGUGAUCGGACACAAAGAGUCUGAAUUAUUUAUCUUCGACGCUGAAGCACAGAGGGGUUUGUGUGUUUUUAGGUUGGCUCUGAAGGAUCAACACCCAGCCACCUCUUUAAGGCUCGUUUUUUACCAUCUGUGUUAAUAUUUGCGCUCUUUUUUCAGAAAUUAUGCAUCAGUGUCGUUCUUUUCUCUCAUGCAGAAAAGUGCCAGAGCUUGUUUGUGUUCCCGCAAGAUGAAUUCCCUUUGAAGGAGCGCCGAUUGAUGUGUUCCUCUUUGUUCCACUGCCAUCCAUCUCUCCUCCACCCUCCCUGUUGAAACAUCUAUCUCCCCCUCCAUCCGCCUCCUUUUUUCACCUGCAUUUAUCCCUUUAUCCCCGCCAUGACUCGUCCUGUUGCCUCUGACCCUUCAGUCUCCUCUCUCAUUCAUCCACGUUUUUCCCUUUUUUCUUGUUUCCUUCCCCUUCGCCCCCGCCUCUUUCAUUUUGCCUUAUCAAGUUUGAUUUAUUUUGUUUUUCUAAGAUGUGCUAAAUGAAGUGAACAGAGCUAAAUGACACCCUCCUCCCCUCCCCUGCAGCCAUUCAACUCUCUCCCACACCCCGCUGAUGCUAAUUUCCACUAUUUUUCUACUAUGUUUUACGUGGCUGCAAACAGAAUUGUAGGAAAACUACUGCAGGUCAAUAAAUCCCACUUUACAGCCGACCUAUUAUACAUCUCAGAAAAAUGAUUUUUAAUUAAUCUCUUCAUUUUUUAAAGUUGUUUUUUCUCCACUUUUAUUUCUGCAAACACACAUAAAGCUGUCGUUAUUUCAUCUUGACUUAAAGCUGAUAUCUGCAAGUGAAUCAAGAGGAAAUCAGCUUCUUCCUAUAAACAGUGAAACUGAGACUCACUAAGAACAGAUGAACAGGUUUUAGUGAACCAGGAAAUGAUGGUAUCAAUUUGCAGAUGUAUCUCCAGGUGAGAAUUUUUUCUCACUUUAACAGGAAGGUGUAUUUCAUCAAGAAAUUGCAGACUAGGAUGUAAACAAGAAGUCUCUGCAGAAGUUAGCCAUCAUCCCAGGAGGCAUAUAUUUCUCAGAAGUAACAUCAGAUUAGUUAGUCAACGCUGAGAGAUCUCCUUCCUGGUGUGAAUCUUUGAAUACAAAUAUCCGUCUUCCAUGAUGACACAUACAUUUUCAUUUUAGACUCGAACCGUCAACAUUUACAUUUACAACCCUCCUGCCUCUUCCAUGCUGGAGUCUUGUCGACUAAAUGCAGAUUCUCUCUUUGGUGUAUUUGUAAUGAUCGGUUUGCAUUCUGACCUUCCCUCCUUAUCCUCUUUUGCACGAUCUGUAAACUCCAGUUUCUAUGGAGACUUGAGACCUGGGUCGUGUUUGCACUGCGGGGUCUGAGACAACAGACUGCAACAGUGUCACAGUGGCUCAUGAUCAUGGAGCAGACUGAGAAUGUUAGAGAGCAUAUCAGACUAAACCGCUUAAAGGGAUAUUAUGGUGUAAAUUAAUUUAGGGUCAAACACACCGUAACACCGAGUUAGACACCCUGUUGAGAUAUAAAUGUUGAUGACCGCUUGCUUCUCUAGUUAUACCAACUUUAGUUACGACUGGACGGUAGCAAUACCCAGUGGUCUGAGGAGCCAUAAACAAACCUCAACCAAAACGCCACAAAUAAUGAUCAGAACAGCACCUAACUUCAUCAACAGGACAUAUAGGGUCCCAGCCAUAGUACUAGACACCAAACAUCUUUUAACUCACCCACUCUCUUCCAGCAGCCGCUUGUUUGUAGCGUGACCUCAGACCAGUCCAUUAUGGUCUGCAGCGGGGUUUCGCAGCUCAAGGAAGAACAUUUAUGAUCAUUUCUUCAUGGAAAUACAAUCAGACCGAGACACUAAGGAAGAAGAACUACAGCGUCUGCAGUGAAAAAUGAUUAACACAGUGAUUAUUACUUCAAGGAAAAGAUUAAUGAGAAGCAAGUGUUUGACCCUAAACUAAUUUUAUGCUGGAAUAUCCCUUUAAAAUGAACUUUGGCUUUUUUCACAACAUGAUAUUUACUUCUCAUCCAUAAUCCUCGUACACAUCUACAGUGACUGAGGAUCAUUUUAAGACAUACUCCCUUUACCCCUUCUCUUAUGUCUCCUUAUGUCUCUUCCAGUUGUCCUCCAGGCCUGCAGCUUGGUCCUGUACCCCAUCAAGUUCAUUGAGAGCAUCAACCUGAGGAUCUAUCACGAGUUCAACUGGGGCUACGGCUUGGCCUGGGGCGGGACCAUCUUCUCCUUCGGCGGGGGUAUUCUGUACUGUCUCAACCCUAAGAACUACGAGGAGUAUUACUAA